UUUUUGCUGCCGAUGCUCGUGCUGGAGGUUCUGCCUACUCGCCACUCUGGAUAGCGGCCGUGAAAAAAAGGACAGAACGAAAAAGACAAGGAGACACAGACUUUGAGGAGAGUGAACGGGGCAGGGGAAACGAGGCGGCGACGUUAGUUUGGUGCCCAUCGUUUUAAGUGCGCACGGGAGUGUUUACUGCAGCGCUCUGUGGGAGAGAGAGAGAGAAAGAGAGAGAGAGAGCGAGACCGUGGGACCGGAGAGAGACGGGAACAGCAGUUCAGAAUGGAUCACCAUCACCACCAUCAACAACAACAUCAUGAUCACUAUGAUGGAGGAGAGAACGACUAUAUGCAGCAGGAAGAUGACUGGGACCGGGAUAUGCUGCUUGACCCCGCCUGGGAGAAACAACAGCGAAAGACAUUUACUGCGUGGUGCAAUUCUCAUCUACGAAAGGCAGGGACACAGAUCGAAAACAUUGAGGAGGAUUUUAGAGAUGGACUCAAACUUAUGCUGCUCCUAGAGGUCAUUUCAGGAGAACGCUUGGCCAAACCAGAGAGAGGAAAGAUGAGAGUCCAUAAGAUCUCCAAUGUGAAUAAAGCUCUGGAUUUCAUUGCAAGCAAAGGAGUCAAACUGGUUUCUAUUGGAGCAGAGGAGAUUGUUGAUGGGAAUGCUAAGAUGACUCUGGGGAUGAUCUGGACCAUUAUCCUUCGCUUCGCCAUCCAGGACAUCUCAGUGGAGGAGACCUCAGCUAAAGAAGGCCUGCUGCUGUGGUGCCAGAGGAAAACAGCUCCCUACAAAAACGUCAACAUUCAGAAUUUCCACAUCAGUUGGAAGGAUGGAUUGGGCUUCUGUGCACUCAUUCACAGACAUCGUCCAGAACUCAUUGAUUACGGUAAACUGCGCAAGGACGACCCAAUGACUAAUCUGAACACUGCCUUUGAUGUCGCUGAAAAGUACCUGGACAUCCCUAAGAUGCUGGAUGCAGAAGAUAUUGUUGGUACGGCCCGUCCCGAUGAGAAGGCCAUCAUGACCUACGUUUCUAGCUUCUACCAUGCCUUCUCUGGGGCGCAGAAGGUAUCGCAGGGCACCCCUCUUAAUGUCAUGAACUUCUACACUUACCCAAUAUGUCCCUCCCCUCACUCCGUUUCUGCUCACUGGGUUUUUGUCACUUGCUCUCUUCAGCUUCUGGAGUGGAUUCGCAGAACAAUCCCAUGGUUGGAGAACCGUGUCCCAGAGAACACCAUGCAGGCCAUGCAGCAGAAGUUGGAGGAUUUCCGGGACUACCGACGACUUCACAAACCACCCAAAGUUCAGGAGAAAUGUCAACUGGAGAUCAACUUCAACACACUGCAGACCAAACUCCGCCUCAGCAACCGGCCUGCGUUCAUGCCCUCAGAGGGGAAGAUGGUCUCGGAUAUCUCCAGUGCUUGGGGAAGUCUCGAGGGAGCAGAGAAGGGUUAUGAAGAGUGGUUACUGAAUGAGAUUCGCAGACUGGAGAGACUCGACCAUCUUGCAGAGAAAUUCCGUCAGAAAGCCGCCAUCCAUGAGGCCUGGACUGACGGUAAGGAGGAGAUGCUGCAGCAGAAAGACUAUGAGACGGCAUCCCUCUCGGACAUCAAAGCUUUGCUGAAGAAGCACGAGGCGUUUGAGAGUGACCUUGCAGCUCAUCAGGACAGAGUGGAACAGAUCGCUGCCAUCGCACAGGAGCUCAAUGAGUUGGAGUACUAUGACUCUCCCAGUGUAAAUGCUCGCUGUCAGCAGAUCUGUGAUCAGUGGGACUCACUGGGGGUUUUAACUCAGAAACGGAGCGAGGCCUUGCAGAGGACUGAGAAACUGUUGGAAACGAUUGAUCAGCUGUACCUGGAGUUUGCCAAAAGGGCGGCGCCCUUUAACAACUGGAUGGAGGGAGCCAUGGAAGACCUGCAGGACACUUUUAUCGUCCACACCAUUGAGGAGAUACAGGGACUCAGCACAGCCCAUGAGCAGUUUAAAGCCACACUGCCCGAGGCAGAUAAGGAACGUCAGGCAAUCUUGGGCAUCCAUAAUGAAAUUGCUAAAAUUGUGCAGACAUAUCACGUCAACAUGGCUGGCACCAACCCCUACACCACCAUCAACCCUCAGGAGAUCAAUGCCAAAUGGGAUAAGGUGAGACAGUUAGUACCCCAGAGAGAUCAGGCCCUGAUAGAAGAACACGCUCGUCAGCAGAAUAAUGAGAGACUGCGCAGACAGUUUGCUAAUCAGGCAAAUGUCAUUGGGCCUUGGAUCCAAACCAAGAUGGAGGAAAUUGGCCGAAUCUCUAUUGAGAUGCACGGGACCCUGGAGGAUCAGCUGACCCACCUUCGGCAGUAUGAGAAGAGCAUUGUAAACUACAAACCAAAGAUCGACCAGCUAGAGGGAGACCAUCAACUAAUACAGGAAGCACUUAUAUUUGACAACAAACACACUAACUACACCAUGGAGCACAUCCGUGUAGGUUGGGAGCAGCUCCUCACCACCAUCGCUCGCACCAUCAACGAGAUCGAGAACCAGAUUCUGACCCGUGAUGCCAAAGGCAUCAGCCAGGACCAAAUGAAUGAGUUCAGAGCCUCGUUCAACCACUUCGAUAGAGACCACUCGGGCAAACUGGGCGCUGAGGAGUUCAAAGCCUGCCUUAUCAGUCUGGGCUUCGAUAUCGGGAACGACGCACAGAAGAGAACAGGCAUGAUGGAUGCAGAAGACUUCCGAGCCUGCCUCAUCUCCAUGGGUUAUAAUAUGGGAGAGGCUGAAUUUGCCCGCAUCAUGAGCAUUGUGGAUCCUAACAGACUGGGAGUGAUCACAUUCCAGGCCUUCAUUGACUUUAUGUCUCGUGAGACGGCCGACACAGACACUGCUGAUCAGGUCAUGACAUCCUUUAAAGUCCUUGCUGGAGACAAGAACUAUAUCCUGGCGGAUGAGCUGAGGCGUGAGCUCCCCCCUGACCAGGCCGAGUACUGCAUCGCCCGAAUGACGCCUUACACUGGCCCCGACGCCGUCCCGGGAGCUCUUGACUACAUGUCCUUCUCCACUGCCCUCUAUGGGGAGAGUGACCUCUGAACCGUGACCCCCGCAUCUGGGGUCAACCUGCCUUCUGAUACAAACACACAAAUAUGCGUAUUCAUACACACACACAUAGCUCGCGCACAAUGAGAGUAAAAGUGGCUCUUCAGUGCUGAUCUAGCACCAACAAGCAGAGCUGGUCCCAGAUCAGCCCAUCAGAGCAGCUUCCAUCAGCACCACUCAAUGACGUUCGGUCAUUUUUGUAUCCUCCUAUCAGCCCUUCCUGUGUGUCAUAUACAACUUCCUGUUCUUUCUCCAGCUGUGCUCAUGAAGCCUAUCUUGCCUGUCUUGGGGAUUGUGUCACAAAGAUGCUUCCUUCACAUGCUUGUCAGAAGAUCCUACUUCCCACUGAAGUCGUAAUUAUGAGUUUGUCACAUUGAAGGAGAGAAUAGGAAAUCCUGAGACUCUUUUCUCCAUGUAAAUGUACAAUAUGCAACAAACGGUUACAAAUAUACUGUACGUAAAGCACGUGGUAGGCAGCAUCAUGUCAUCCUUGUGACCUCUGACCCAUGUGAUACUGCAUGACCAUGUGCUACGAUUGAUCCGCUUUUUUUACAUAGAGUUAAUGCUUGUUGAUGAGACUGUUUUUUGAACGUUUUCUUGUGAUGGUGAGUCAGACUUCAUGAACAGAUCUUCCCCUUUCUGCUUCCAAGUGCAACAUUGAAAAACUCCCUCCCAGGAGGAAUGUUUUCUGUAUUUUUACUUCUUAUUUUGUUUGUUUGUUUUUUCCUCUUCAUAAAGGAAUAAAGUUAACAUAUUUUACUAUACAAAACAAAAAAAGGUAUU